ACAUAUUGACCUUCACUCCAGAAAUGGAAGAAACUGGAUGUAAAAAUGAAAAAAUCGAGCAGAGAGAAUGUAAAGACCUUUAUAGCUGGAGGUAAGAUAUUAGUAAUAUUUGAUCAUUUAUCAAAUGUUAUAAAAUAAUAGUCUAUUUCCAUUUUAGUCUAAAACUUUACACCUGUUUAUUGCUAAUAAAAGAACUAGAGUUUAAUGAACUAUCAAAUAUUAUCUAAUAUUUAUCAUAAGUGAGAGUCUUUUUGUAUAAUAAGAUUUAACUAUCGCUAAAUAUUAUUCUUUGUUUAUGAUCACAAAUUUUGAACAAAUUGUAUAUCUUUUCUAUCCAAUUUCAUAAGUUAUCUUAAAAUUUUAUUGGCGAAUUACGCAAUUUGUGCUGAUAUUGAAACAUAUGACAUUUUAACUUGAAAUAUUAAUAAUAAUCUAUAUUUAUAUAUGGAAUAAAUCUCCCUUCGUUUUUUAGGAGUAGCCGGAUGCGUUGCAAAGACAACUGUUGCACCAUUUGAUAGAGUUAAAAUACUCUUACAAGCUCAUCAUCAACACUACAAACAUUUAGGCGUACUUUCAGCAAUCAUAGCCAUUCAAAAGAGAGAAGGAUUCCAAGGACUUUUUAAAGGCAAUAGUGCACAAAUGAUAAGAAUCUUUCCUUAUGCCGCAAUACAAUUUACAAGCUAUGAAUUUUAUAAACCGUUAGCUUUAAACACUUUUGGACCAGGUCACAUAUCCAGAUUAGUUCCUGGGGCUUUGGCAGGCUUAACUGCUGUGUUGUUCACUUAUCCACUUGAUAUUAUUCGAGCUAGACUUGCUUUUCAAGGAAGUGAUACAAGAAUAUAUAAAGGAAUUAUUCAUGCUCUAUCCUGUAUGAUUACUGAAGACUCUGGCAUAAGAGGAUUCUAUAGAGGGAUAACGGCAACUAUCUUUGGUAUGGUUCCAUAUGCUGGAUUGUCAUUUUAUUGUUUUGAAACUCUAAAAGUUCAACUAUUAACAAAUGCGCCUGAAAUAUUUGGAUCUGAUAAUCCAAAUAAGGAAAAUAGUAAAGUCUUAUCUAUUCCAGCAAAGCUAAUGUGCGGAGCUAUUUCAGGUGCUUUUGCUCAAACGGUGUCAUAUCCUUUGGACGUUGUUAGGAGAAAAAUGCAAUUGGCCAUAAUGUACCCACCGGAACAGCAGUAUCUCUUCCGAAGUUGUUCAAGUACAUUAAAAUACGUUUAUAUAAAAUACGGAGUUGUUAAUGGACUAUAUAGGGGAUUAACUGUUAACUAUAUGAAAGCAGCACCAAUGGUUGCAGUAUCGUUUUCAACAUAUGAGGUUAUGAAGCAAUUUUUAGGUUUGGAUACCGCCGUUAGUAGAUAAUAAGUCUCAUAACUAGGUAUAAAAUUUUUAAGAUUCUCUCUUUGUCUUUUUUUUUUUUAAAUAUCUUUGAUAUCUUUUUAAAUAAGUUGUUAUUUUCAACAAAAACAAUAAUAAACACGAAAUAUACAACAUCUAUUUCUGUGUUAAUAUAAAUAAUAUCGUUUAAUAAAUAAUUAUAUUAACUUUAUUUAACCUAUAAUCUAAUGUUUUUCUUCUCAACGUAAAAAUAAAAGGUACAGAAACAACUGCUAACAAACACACUAUAUACAUAUUGUAUGUAUUGCGCAAGUAUUUUACAAUAACUAAUUAUGUUUUAGCCUAGAUUUUAAUAGGCCUACUAGUUUGGUGUCAUUGAUCGAUUUCAUAGUAAAAGAAGGAAAAAAUAUUGCACUGUUGGUUAGCUUUUAGCUCCUAUAAGCAAAAAUAAAACAUAUACAAUUUAGAAUAGUUAAAAGUCGUACAAAAGACAAUGUCAUAUCGUUUUACAUACGCUUUGAUUAAAUGUUAUUUCACAAUUUAAUACCUCGUACCGUUCGGUAAUAAUAAUUAAAUGAGAAAUGUUUCCUCCCUAUUAGUUAUUAAUAAAUAUCUUGUUCCAUAAGGAGACUUUUCCAUAAAAUAGGCCUUGUAAUUGUAUAUUAAGAAAGUGGUAGAAUCUUUUAAGGUCGUUUGGCUAUUUUUUAACUUUUUAUUUUAUAUUGAUAUAAAGUAUUUUAAUAAACUAUUAAGAUAUUUUAAGAAUGUAUCCUUUAUUCUAAAAGAAAAUGUGUCUACCUCAUAAGUUAUUGAAUGAAAAGAGAAGCAUCUUACAUUCAUCAUUUUUUUGUGAGAUAAUCAAUUAAAAUCUUCGUUUCAAGGCUAUUAAUUGGCAAAAAAAGAAAGAAAAUUGUUAAUAUCUAACUAUUCCUUUUCAUCUUCUGUUAUAAUUUUCCAUACAGUGACGAUGGCGGCGACGUCGACGACGACGAUGAUGAUGAUAGGAGGAUAAAUACAAUUGGAAACAAACGAAAAAGAAAAGAAAAAAAUUUACCAUAGUUUGUUAAAUAUCUGUCUCUCGAGAGUAUUGAAGUAAUUUCCAGUCUAAAUUGUUUAUAUUAUCAUUCUUAUUUCUUUGUUGAGAAGUCAUAAGAUACUUUCCAAUAACCAUUGCCGAUAAGAAUAUUAUCAAAGGAGCACAAAUGACAAAUAAAACAAAAACUGCAACAACCAAAACAAAUAAAUCUUGCUUUUCAAAUGAAAACCUAUGGUUAUCGUUUGUUGUAUUAUUUGAAAGGAAUUUGCUGUAAUUCUGAAGCAUCUUUUGCAACGGUCUAAAACAAUGUGCCGUGAAAAUGUACACAGCACAGUAAGUUGUUUUUCUAGAAUCGAUAUUUUUAUCGAUAUCGCAUUACGAAUCGAAUUAUUGUUUUUACUCGAAACGAUUGAAUGAAU